CGGAGAACGCGGGUGAAGAUGCGGAAGCCUAAGCACACUCAAACAUCCUUCAUGGGAGUCAGUUGCACUCGAUAUCCUUCAUCAUCUCGCUUCCUCAGAAUGCUGCUACGUCUUGUAUAACGGAGGUGCUUGUCUCGACAGUCCUUUGGCACGCCAGUCAGGCACCAACCACCUUCACUGUCCUCCCCCGCCUCUUCCUGCAAAUAUCCUCCUCGGACUGAUCGACAGAAACAGGCAUGGCAACCAAGCCCCUGGCUCUGUCGGCUCACGGCCACUUCAAGACGUCUGUGACUGGUGGAAGUCACUACGGACUUCAACACAAGGCUCCAUAUCAGCAGCCGUAUCCCCAUCUAGCAAUUGUCGAUGAAGUCCUCUAUUGGACAAGGCUGACGGGGCCUUGAGAACAGAUCUCCGGACCAUUUAUCUGGCAGGACGGAAACUUGGGACGACGAGCAUGAGCAUAAUCAGCGGCUGCUGCAAGGAUAGUCUCAUCGGAUCCGGCGACUAUCCUCGGCCAUACCCACGGGGCGAGAACGUAAUCCUACCGAAAUGUGUCUGUCUAUCGCCGCGAGUACAUCACCGUCAGCAGCUUGUUCGGAAUAAGCACUACUACUCCUGUAUUUGUCCAUUCCCCCACGAGGGGGCUGAAGAUCCCCACCUUGUAAUGCUUUGCAUGACUGCAAGGAGGGCCUUUUCCCAAGUGACUAUCAAGAGUGGUCACCUGGAGAGUUCCGGAUGGAUCUCUCUACCUCUAUUCGAUUCGAGCUUACUUUGGACUAGAAUAUGGCAAAUCGUUCUUCCGAAAUCGAAGGUAACCAUUAAGAGAUUAAGAGACUGAUUCCUCGAUACAACGAACAGUCAUGAGACUGUGGUCAUGUCUCUCACUUUUCCACCCAUGGAUCGGUCUCUUCAGGUGGAGGGGCCCUCGAGCCGCGGUCAGACCUCAUGGCUGCCCAGGCUGGAUCAUCCAGGUUCCUGCAAAGGCCACUGCUGUUGUGUGGGAAUGUUUCUCAUGCCAGCGGCAAUGCGGGAAUGAGCAGGGCGAUGUAAAUGGAUACAAUUUUACAACAUCCGACAACCCGUUCGAACAUGUGGCGCUUGCAGCGAAGCUUAGGAGAGCCCUCGAUCGUGACGAGUUUCCCUGCCGCCGUCCAUCGAACUUCCCGUGGGCUCAGCCUCAGCCACUCACCUCCGCAUCAGGGGUGCUAGUUCAAGUGCCUUGGCUGUGUUCCACGUCACUGUUAGAUCAUACGCUGCUACCAAAUGCUAACAAGCACCAGCUUCCAGGGGAUUUGAGAAGAAGUCUUGUCAAAAUCGGGACAACGGUCCAGGAAGACCAAUUUGCUCGACAAGGAUUAUCUACCGGGUUGUGCAAACAUGAUGCAUGUUUACCGGAAUGCUAGCCUAGACCAGGUGCUGGAAAGCAGAAAAACUGCCCCGUAACGCGCAGCCAUGGAUUGUCCCGACCGAUUCACCCCCGGUUGAUAUGUAUCCGCACCAUCUGUCACUUCAUGCCCGUGUCAGUAUCCCUUGCCUUCAUCAUUAGACUGGGGUACCACUAUGAAGAUUAUUACAGAGUCGAGUCGAAGAACUCGAGCUCCUCAUCCCGCCCGUCCACUAUGACCGAAACACGUUCGUGGCGCUCUCCUGGAAUCGGACUGCGUCAAUGAUUACAUUUCACCAUGCCUUCAAGUCGCUGUCGAGACUUCUGCUCUGACCGACCCUUGGAGCUUUCCCUGUCUCAAACUUUAAAUCGCUGUCAGAGCUCUGCUGUCGGCGGCAGCAUUAUUUCCACAAAGAGGUAUGAAAAUUAUACAAGGAGAUAUCGACAUGAUACCAUGUCGUGUGAUGGCAGUACACAGGCCGAGAAGUUCCACUCUCAGACAUUGCAUGGGUGGCCUAUGCAGGAGUAGACUGUUCUAGGAGAAUGCUGCAACAGCCUCUAUCCGAAGUGUUGAGGGAUCUAGCUUGCCAGCUAUCCGUCGAAGUCUUCAUUGGCACCUCGCUCAGCGGCGGUAAUGAAAACUGCUGGGGAUAUUCGUCCAGUCCCAUGCGUUGCGCCUCCCCCAUGGGUUGCGACUCUCCUGAAAAGAGGGAUCACCAUGUAAGUUCCCAUACCAGGGUCCGUGUCCAUGGCCGCGCCCGCCUGGACUGAGUGGCGAAUGUGGGCGACCAGAUAUCGCUGUCUCCACGAUAGCUCUGCGAUCAACGGCAUUGUAGGCAUGGGCCUCGAUGUCGGUGUCGGUAUCACUCUCAACAAGAGUCCCCGCGUCUGAGUCACUGGCAACCAGCGUGGGAGCGUUGUCGGUGGAGUCGCUUUCGUCCAGGUCCAUUUCU